AUAGCUGAGAUCAGUUGAGUUAAAAUAUUCAAUUGAAUUAAUAUAAACUCAGUAAUUAGGUAUUCAAACAGUUUUUUACAGGCGUUUAGAAUGUAAAUGUUUUCUGUUGUCAUAAAAUGGCAAAAUUUCCUAAAGUCAAGUUCUCUAUUGAAAUUGAUUAAACCUCAUUCACCCUCCACUCAUUAUCUGAAGAUUGCCUCUAUUGUUCCUCAAUCCUCAGCUUAACAACAAAAUCAAGUGAAUAAUUCCAGUGAUGAAUUAAUGAAUUAUGAAAAAUUGUUGAUAUAUGUGAAGUCAUUACCGAGGAAAUGAGGUCUGUCCUUUGACAUUAUGAAGUCAAACAACUUUUAUGAAUGAAAAUUUUAUGGAAUUAUUUAAUCACCCAUGCUGAACACAUAAUAUUGUAAAAAAAAAAAGUCAGAGCACAGUGCGAGGGAAUUUUUCAAUGAUUUAUUACGCCGUUGAUGAUUGAAUACUUUCAAAUUCCUUGGGGCACUGAAACAGUGCUCAGGAGACCACGAAAGCUCCUUUUUUUAAGUAAUUAAAUUAACGAAUCACUGGGUGCUAUUAGAAGGCCUUUGACAAGGUCAUUGGUAGCCGUUCAAUUUCUAUCGAAAUUAUCGGACCAUGAGAGCCCCGGGGAAGUUUCCUCAAUUAUCAGUUAUAAAGUUCUAGUCAUCAUUAGUCUUUCCUUAACUGCAAUAACUUUUGAAGUGUAAUUAUUUCCCGGUAUGAUCUUUGUGGUACGAUAUCGGACUAGGAUGCUAGAUCACUUUCCGGGUGAGAAUGACCUCGUGGAAGUCAUUCAAUGAUUUUAUUUAAUAUGCCGAGGACAUUUGUACGACUGCAAUACUCACCAUCUGAAAUUUCGAAUAAGUGGGUUUAUUUAGUGAAGAUAUUUAGAAAUUACUGUGGGGACGGCGUGCGUGAGAAUCAAUAAUUGAAGACUGAGAAGUCAUGAGGAAAGUCGGAUGACGUAGUCAUUUUCCUCAAAGUCCUCGGAUUUCCGGGGACAGAUGAAUUGCGAUUGAAACGUUCGGACUAGUUGAACGCUCUAUCCCGGUAGAAAUAUUGGCGGGGGUCUCACGUCCUUGAUGAGAUACUUGUUAGCGUAUAAAGAACGCUGCCGUUGACGAUUACACUCCAGUUGUAACGUGCUGUCGAGAUGCCAGCGAACAAGGACGCGUACUGUGAUACCCUAGGGCGAGCCUCCAUCGAGGAUAUCGACGCCAUGUCCACUGGCCUCUCCAGGAGUUUUGAUAAAGGCUUAUCUGGUGAUUAUCACAAAGGAGUCAUGGAGUGUGGUUUGAAGGAAUACGUGAAUGAAGAGCUCGCUGGACAGUUUGAAAGUACUCCAACUAGAUCGAAACACGAACAAUUUCUCAGGGAUUUCUUUGAAAUUGUUCUCCAAGAUGCUGUUUUUGAUGGCACCUCGCGCAAGACCAAGGUCGUGGACUGGGUGGAUCCAGAACGACUCCCCUCCACGAUAGAUCUCCACCUACAAAAAUUUGGUAUCAGCCACGAUCAAUUAUUGAACUUGGCACGCGGAGUAGUCAAGUAUAGCGUUAAAACGGGCAAUCCCAAAUUCGUCAAUCAGUUGUUCUCCAGUGUUGAUCCUUACGGUCUCGCUGGGCAGUGGUUGACAGAUGCAUUGAACCCAUCAGUAUACACUUACGAGGUAUCUCCAGUGUUUUCCGUGAUGGAAAACGAGGUCCUAAAGGAAAUGCGGAAAAUUGUAGGGUGGGCAGAUGGGAAAGGAGACGGGAUAUUCUGCCCUGGAGGCUCAAUGGCGAACGGCUACGCCAUCAACUUAGCUCGACACCACAAAUAUCCGAGAUUGAAGGAAACGGGACUCUCCGGAUCACAAAGAUUAGUCAUUUUCACGUCUGAAGAUGCUCACUACUCUAUAAAGAAACUCGCAGCUUUCCUGGGGAUCGGAACAAACAACGUCCAUGAGGUGAAGGUUGACGAGAGGGGGAGAAUGUGCACUGAAGAUCUCGAGGUCAAAGUGAAGACGUGUCUGGAGGAGGGUGGGACACCUCUCAUGGUGUCAGCUACUUCAGGAACAACGGUUCUUGGGAGUUACGAUCCCCUCAGGCGGAUUCAUGACGUUUGUGAGAAGUACGACAUGUGGAUGCAUGUGGACGCUGCAUGGGGAGGAGGCGCCCUGAUGUCGUCCAAGUACAGAAGAUUUCUUGAAGGAAUUGAUCUGGCUGAUUCCAUCACGUGGAAUCCUCACAAGCUCCUGGCAGCACCUCAACAAUGCUCCACAUUGCUGACGAGACAUGAGAAUCUCUUACAAUCAGCUCACAGCUCCUGUGCGACGUAUCUCUUCCAGAAGGACAAGUUCUAUGAUACAUCAUAUGAUUCCGGAGACAAGCAUGUUCAGUGUGGAAGAAGGGCGGAUGUUCUCAAGUUCUGGUUUAUGUGGAAGGCGAAGGGAACUAAUGGAUUUGAGAUGCAUGUGGACAAGGUCUUUCAUUUGUCGAGAUUCUUCGUGGGAUUGAUUAGGGGUAGGGCGGGCUGGAGGCUUCUGCAGGAGCCUCAGUGCACCAACGUCUGCUUCUGGUAUAUACCGAAGUCUAAAAGGGGGUUGAAAGGAGAGGAAUUGGAUCGUGAACUGCACAGAAUUGCACCGAUUAUUAAAGAGCGAAUGGUGAAGAAGGGGUCUAUGCUGGUGACUUAUCAGCCACUCCAUGGAUUGCCGAAUUUCUUCAGGCUGGUACUGCAAAGCUCGGGUCUUACCGAAGGAGAUAUGAGAUAUUUUGUGGAAGAAUUCGAAACCCUCGCGGAGGACCUGUAGUAGGAGAAUAAAUCAUUUGCGAUGGAGCAGUGGCUCUCUCAAUUAUUCACUAAGAAUUCGUUGUACAGUUGUAGAUAAUGAAAGUAUAUACUAACAUAAUUCCAAAAGAAUUUUGUAAAUUAGUAUUAACGAAUACAGGUAUUAAAUAAUAUGUACAGCACGAA